GAGGCAGCGUGGCGCCCGAUUGGACAACGUGAUGCGUGCAGGGGGCGGGGCUAAGGCGUGCCAAGCCUCGAUGUGAGCUGGAACGCUGCACGUUGCUUUCUGUGUGAGGGUCACCUGGUUGCGUAACGUGACGUGACUAUCUGGCUUUGCAGCAAGAGGGUCAUCACUGCAAUUCUCCCAAUGAGACCAACCUAAUCACCUAAGACACGAGAAACCAGAAGCAUAAACGGCUAAGACUCAUAAGUGAGUUGAGAAAAACACUUGGAGGCCGUGUUCCCACGUGCUGAUAAGCCCAGCAAUAUUGCUUGGACAUUAAUGAAUCAAUGAGGGAAAGAAUACAGCUGCAUGCUACUACACCGCCAUGUCUGAGUGCACUCGACGACUCGCAGGACCCCAGUGUGGCUGCUUGGAGCAGCGGAUUGCCUCUGCGAGCAGAAAAAGAACACUGCCAACAAUGCCUCCGGUCAUUUCUAUGCCGCUGCCCAUCUGCCUGAUAGAGAAUGUUGAGGGAAAUAAACUGGUGGUCAACAAGGAAGCGGAGAAGAUCCUCUUGGCAAUCUCACAGCCGGUUGUGGUUAUUGCAAUCAUAGGAAAAUACCGGACAGGAAAAUCUUAUCUGAUGAACAAACUGGCUGGAAGUAAAACUGGAUUUGCUCUGGGAUCCAGCAUCCAGUCAAAAACCAAAGGCAUAUGGAUGUGGUGUGUUCCUCACCCUCAGAAUUCAGGACAAACACUUAUUCUACUGGAUACAGAGGGACUGGGCGAUGUGGAAAAGGGAGACUGUAAAAACGACGCUUGGAUCUUUUCCUUGGCCGUCCUGUUGAGCAGCGCCUUUGUGUUCAAUAGUUUGGGGACUAUUGACCAACAAUCUAUGGAGCAGCUACAUUAUGUAACUGAGCUGACAAAACUGAUUAAGCUGAAAUCUACUGAGAAAAAGGAAAACACAGGCGAAUAUAAGAGAUUUUUCCCAUCAUUUACCUGGUGUGUCCGAGACUUCACUCUACUACUGGAGAAGGAUGGAAAAGAAAUAACAGAGGAUGAGUAUCUGCUGUCAUCUCUGGAGCCCAAGAAAGGUACUGACAAACUAGCCAAGAAUUAUAACUUACCCCGUGAGUGCAUCCUACACUUUUUCCACACUCACAAAUGUUUCGUGUUCGAUCGACCGGCAACAAAGAAAAAACUUCAGAUUCUGGAAACAUUAGAAGAGAAUGAACUGGAUGAGGAAUUUGUGAAACAGGCUGGAAAAUUCUAUAGUUACAUGAUAAGCAACAGCCGUGUGAAAACACUGGAAGGAGGAACUGAAGUGACUGGGAGAAUGUUAGCGGUUCUCACUGACUCGUAUGUGAAGGCGAUUCAGAGCGGAACAGUUCCCUGCAUGGAGAAUGCGGUCCUAGCUUUGGCGGAGAUUGAAAACACAGGCGCUCUUCAAGACGCACUGUCCAAAUAUGAAUGUGAGAUGAACAAACGUGUCCAGAGGUUCCCGACAGAGACACAGCAAGAGUUCCUGAACAUGCACAUAGAAUGUGAGAAAGAGGCCAUUAAAGUCUUCUUGGGACGUUCCCUAAAUGAUAAGGAUCAGAAAUAUCAACGUAAAAUGAAGGAAAAGAUUGAUAAUAAAAUGAAUGAAUUCUCUGCAAGGAACGAAAAGGCUUCAAGAGAUCUAUGCAGGAAACUUCUCCAAGAGCUAAGUGUGACUAUGGAGAAUAACGUAAUGGCUGGAGAAUAUUCAGUACCUGGAGGACACAAGAAGUAUAUAAUGGAGAAGCUAAGGGUGAUGGAAGCUUAUAAUGUAAGACCUGGGAAAGGAAUGAAGGCUCUUGAAGUGAUACAGGAGUAUAUGAAUGAGAAGAAGGACAUUGAAGCUGCCAUCAUCCAAGCCGAUGAGACCCUGACGGAGAAAGAGAGACAGCUGGCAGAGGAACGCGCUCAAACUGAAAACGCAGAACGAGAAAGACAAAUUAUGGAGCAAAAUAACAGAGAUCUGCAACAAAGUAUGGAAGAUCAGAAUAGGAGUUUUGAGCAGCACAAGAAAAUGCUCAUGGAAAGGAUGGAACAAGAUAGAAAGAUGAUGCAGCAGCAGAAUGAACUGGUGAUAUCUCAGAAGCUUAAGGAGCAAGAAAUGAUGAUGAAAGCAGGGUUUGAGGACAAAAUUGCAUCCCUGCAAGAAGAGAUUAGAGCCUUAAGGAACCCGCCAAAAAGUAGUUGUAUUGUAUUGUAGAUUUCUUUCGAAAAAAAUAUUUGAAAUCCCUUUGCAAAAAUAAAAAUAAUAAUAAAUUAAAGGGGUUAUCCAGGAAAAAACUUUUUUUUUUAUAUAUCA